AUGAUACAUUUUGACAAUGAGUCUUUGGAUAGCAUUGUCCUUAGGGACACAUAUAUAGCUGAAAUCCUGUCAGAAAUACCCGCAGAACAGAAGCUAAAAAACCCUAACCAAUCAACACUGCACAAUCUUAUAAUAGCUAACGACAUAAUAAAGGCAAUACAUGCCGCAAAAGCAGGCAGCGCAGCAGGAAUUGAUGGCAUCCCGUAUAAACUUCGGAAAAGCCUGUUGCAUAGGAGGAUCCUACAAGAAAAAGCAAUGCUAGAUGCACCAUGCUUCCAUGUAAAGAACACUCUAACCAGAGUAUACCAAGAUAUCCAAACACAUGGAGUGGACCUCAGAACCAACUUCACACUAGGCUGGAUGUGCCCUAUCUACAAGAAAAAUGAGAGAACUGAAAUUGAAAACUACCGACCAAUAACACUACUGAAUAUGGACUACAAGUUACUCACCAGAGUGCUUGCCGUACAACUUGCCAGCAUAAUACCACCUCUACUACAUGAGAACCAAGCUGGAUUCAUCCCCGGUCGCUCUAUCUUCAACCAGACACGACUUGCACAAUCCAUGAUUGACCUGGCGGAGGCAACAGAG